AUGGCGGCAGCUAUAUUGACAGUCAUCUCUUUCUUCAUUCUACUUUGCGCUGCUUUCGCACCUUCCAUCACACCGCCAUCUCAGGAUCCGUGGUAUGAUCAGCCCAGCAAUAUCAGUGACUAUGCUGCUGGGGAGCUGAUCCGCUCUCGCUCAGUUCCUCCACAGCUGGUAUCACUUUCAUCACUGCAGGUUAAUGUCUCUGUAAAGGCUGUUUAUCAGUAUCUUUUCCGGACUACUGAUGGCCUCGGCGAUGCAGUUGCUUCGGCAGUGACCUUGAUCGAGCCGUGCAACUCGGAUCCAUCCAAGCUUGUCGGAUAUCAGGCAUUCUACGAUAGCGCCAAUGUUGAUUGCAGUCCAUCGUAUACGCUGCGGGCGGAUAAUAAGAACCUGGGAUUUUUUUCGUCCGGGCAGAACGUUUCAGAAGACAUACCUUUCAUCGCAGCAGCGCUUAACCUGGGUUGGUGGGUUUUCAGCACCGACUAUGAAGGCCUGAAAGCCGAGUUCACAGCUGGUCUUCAGUCUGGUCAUGCUGUGUUAGAUUCAACUAGAGUCGUUCUUGACGAAGGGCCCUCGGUUGGAUUAUCAGGCAAUCCCCAGUAUGUGCUUUGGGGAUACUCUGGGGGUGCACUCGCAUCUACAUGGGCCGCUGAGCUUCAGCCGUCCUAUGCACCAGAACUAAAAUAUGCUGGGGUCGCGGUUGGAGGGACAACACCUAACAUCAGUGCGGUGCUGCAAACUAUCAAUAAUGGAUCACACGCAGGCCUUGCUUUCUCGGGGAUAUAUGGACAAUCGAAAGCAUUCCCAAAUCUUACCGAGUGGUUGGAUGCAAACUUGAUCUCUUCAAAGUCGGCGCAAUUCUAUUCCAUUGCUAGCGGCUGUCUUUCACAGGCCGCCUCUGAAGGAAACGGGCAAGAUUUUUACACAUACUUCAAGGAUGGGGAGGCAUCUUUAUAUGAAGCAGCGCCUCGGUCAAUCUUCCAGUGGUCAGGCCAGAUGGGGAUUCACGGCACACCAACCGCGCCGCUAUUUGUUUAUAAGGCAACCGGCGACGAGAUCAGUGCUGUGGCAGAUACGGACGCUCUUGUUGAGAAGUAUUGUGCCGCGGGUGCUCGUAUCGAAUAUCACCGAGACCUGGUGGGGAAUCAUGAGACCGAGGCGAUUUCGGGUUCGGCAAGUGCCUUGGAGUGGAUAUCGGAUCGUUUGAAUGGGAAAGCAGUGAGUAGCGGCUGCAGCACAAAGAACGUGUCGCUUUCUUCGCUCAGUAAUGAGACUGCGGCGCUGCUAGGAGAAGAGAUGUUUACCAUCCUCGAAACGGACUUGGGCGGUAUGCUAUGA